CGCUCUAUCUCUCAAGUGGCCUAUCUCCUGACACUAUUCCUGACAGCUAGCCAAUCACAGCAGCUGUUACAUGAGGUACUAGCUUUAUUUUUACGGGGCUGCCUAAGGAAUGUAAACUAUUCAACAUGGAGACAGCAGUCAAUAAGCUGGAGGCGAUGUUCCAGAAAGCGGAGGCUGACCUGGAGUACGUGGAAAAACAGCUAAAGUUCGAGUUCAUGUCCACCGUUCCGGGGAACGGGGAGGCGCAGGAAAACCCCGUGAAGCUGCUGGAGAAUCUGUCUGCCAUCAAGGCGCGACACAAGUCCCUAUGUGGGCAAAUAGAGGAGAUCGCAGUGGAGCAGAAGCAGUCUGUGGAGGCCAUCAAGGUCCACCUAAAUACCACGGUACAGCUGGUGCAAGAGCUGCAGCUCAUCUCAGACUACCAGCUUCCCCCGCUUACAGACAAAGAACAAGAGGCAGCUGAGUUUCUCUGCUUGCCUGAUUAUCAGCUGACAGCAACGAGCCCAUCCACAUCUGAGGUCCCAGCCGAUAACGAGUCACAACCCCCAAGCAAGGAGUUUGAGGAGCUAAGCGAAGUGGACCUGGAGGCGGUACCGCGCAGCGUGCGCUCCAACGUCAAGCUGGCUGACCUCAAUGCCUUCUAUAAGCAGCUGUUCGAACACUUCGUCGCAAACAACAGUGGGACCCUUAACUCGAUGCAGAUGAAGAAAAUGAACAUGAAGCUGAGCGAAGCCAAGUUGAAAACAUUAAAGCACCUCUCCCUUAUUGAAGUGGACAAGAAAGGAUGUGUUCGCCUAGCAACGAGAGACUGAGGGGCUUGCAUGGGUCUGUGUUAAAGACUGCAGGGAUCAAUGCAGGUUACGUACUGCACAUUCCAACAACUGUGUCGUACAGUCCUGAAGCAUCUGCUUUCAUGGAACUAGUGUCAAAACAAAACUUUCAAACCAUACACGGUAAGUAUUCCAGGCUGUUUAAAUUAAAAACUCUGUUAAAUGAAUAUUUUAUUAAAUGUUUAAUAUUUAUGUUUACUGAAAA